AUGCUGUAUCCACGAAGAACAACAUUGAAUACAUCAAAAGAAGAUGGAUUGAAUAGGCGCCUUUUUUAUCAUAUCCAGGAAUACCGCGCUGAUCAAAGCCCAGGCAUUGUGACUUUCUAG